ACAUAGACAAAAUGAAAACUGCUGAGAAAGUAGAAAGCGUUUUAGAAAGUAACAAAAGAGGAGAAUUAAAAAACUUAAAUAUUGAACCUCUUUCUAUUGCUAAAUAUUUUUAUGAGAAAGGAGCAAAUAAUAUUGCACUUAUUCAGAGAUUAAUUUACUUGUCUUUUUUGAAAGUUCUCGAGGAAGAGAAUACUUUACUUUUUGCCGAGGAGUGGCAAGCUUGA